GGAAGAGGAGGAGAAGAAGAAGAAGAAGGGCCGGACACCUGAUCGACGUCAGAAGUUCAACAGUGGAUCCCCGCAUCUCUGGAGCUGUCCCCCGGCGACAACAGUAACCAUGGCAGAAGCCCACCAGGCGGUGGCCUUCCAGUUCACCGUCACCCCAGAGGGCAUUGAUCUGCAGCUGUCCCACCAGGCCCUCACUGAGAUCUACCUCUCUGGUGUGCGAUCCUGGAAGAAGCGCAUCAUCAGACUUAAGAACGGUGUGGUAACAGGGGUGUAUCCUGCUAGCCCCUCCUCCUGGCUCUUUGUGGUCAUUGCAAUCCUGGCCACCAUGUACACUCGCUCCGACCCCUCCAUGGGCCUCAUAGCCAAGAUACAGGAACACCUGCCGGUCAGCCAGUCGAUGAGUAGCCAGUGCCAGACGGUGGUGUCAGCAGUGCUCUUCAGCACCAUGCUGUGGCUCCUGCUCAUCUUCACCAUGCGCCUGUGCCUCAAGCAGCUCCUCUCUUACCACCGCUGGAUGUUUGAGCAACAUGGCAAAAUGUCCUACACAACCAAAGUCUGGGUGGCGUUGGUGCGGAUCUUUUCUGGCAGAAAGCCUCUACUCUACAGCUACCAAGGUUCACUGCCAAACCUGCCUGUGCCCGCUGUCAAGGACACAGUCCAGAGGUACUUGGAAUCUGUGCGUCCGCUGAUGGAUGAUGCGAAGUAUGAACGCAUGACCAAUCUCGCCGCAGAGUUUGAGAGCAGCCUCGGCAAACGCCUGCAGUGGUACCUCAAACUCAAAGCUCUCUGGUCAUCCAACUAUGUGAGUGAUUGGUGGGAGGAAUACGUCUACCUGCGGGGACGAAGCCCAAUCAUGGUCAACAGUAACUACUAUGGCAUGGACUUCUUGUACGUGACACCCACGCCUAUCCAGGCGGCCAGGGCAGGCAACAGCAUCCAUGCCUUCUUUCUGUACCGUCGCAAACUCAACAAAGAGGAGAUUAAACCUAGUCGUAUCCCCGGCACUGUCAUUCCUCUGUGUGCAGCUCAGUGUGAGAGGAUAUUCAACACCACACGCACUCCUGGAGAGGAGUCCGACACUCUGCAACAUUGGCAGGACAGUGACUACAUAGUGGCUUACCACAGGGGGCGCUACUUUCGUCUGAGGGUGUACCAGGCCGGCAGACUCCUGUCCCCCAGAGAGAUUGAAUUCCAAAUUCAGAGGAUCCUCGAUGACACUACAGCUCCUUGCCAAGGAGAAGCAAAACUGGGAGCACUGACUGCAGGAGACAGAAUUCCAUGGGCUCAAGCCAGGAAGAAGUAUUUCAGUAGUGGGGUCAACAAACGCUCUCUGGACUGCAUCGAGAGAGCCGCCUUCUUUGUGACCCUGGAUGAUGAUGAGCAGGGCAUGCUGGGAGAUGACCCCGUGGCUAGUUUAGAUCGCUAUGCCAAGUGCUUGUUGCAUGGGAAAUGUUACGACAGGUGGUUCGACAAGUCCUUCUCAGUGGUUUACUUCAAGAAUGGUAAGAAAGGCAUAAACGCAGAGCACUCGUGGGCAGACGCACCAGUGAUCGCACACCUAUGGGAGUAUACCCUUGCCACCGACUGUUUCCACCUGGGUUACAAUGAAGAAGGUCACUGCAAAGGAGAUGUGGAUUCAUCACUACCACAACCACAGAAGCUGAACUGGGAAAUUCCUCCAGAGUGUGAGGAGCAGAUCUCUCAGUCCCUGUCAGUGGCCCAGGCUCUGGCCGACGACUUGGACUUCCACAUUUUAUCCUUCCAAGACUUUGGCAAAGGAAGGGUGAAGAAGUGUCGAGUCAGUCCCGACGCCUUCAUUCAAAUGGCACUUCAGCUGGCCUAUUACAGGAGCCGGGGGACGUUCUGUCUGACGUACGAAGCCUCCAUGACCCGUCUGUUCAGGGAGGGCAGGACCGAGACGGUUCGCUCCUGCAGCAACGAGAGCGCCGCCUUCGUCCGAGCGUUGGAGGCUGGAGAGCCAGCAGAUGUGUGCAGGCGUUUAUUCCGCUCUGCGUCCGAGAAGCACCAGAAUCUUUACCGCCUGGCGAUGACUGGAUCUGGUAUCGACAGACACAUCUUCUGCCUCUACGUGGUUUCCAAAUACCUCGGAGUAGAGUCUCCUUUCUUGAAAGAGGUUUUGUCUGAGCCUUGGCGUCUGUCCACCAGUCAGACUCCUGUCCAGCAGGUGGAGCUCUUUGACUUAGUCAACCACCCAGAGUAUGUCUCCUGUGGAGGGGGCUUUGGUCCGGUGGCUGAUGAUGGGUAUGGGGUUUCCUACUACAUCGUGGGAAACAACUUGAUUAACUUCCACAUCUCGUGCAAGAUCUCAUGUCCAGAAACUGAUGCUCACAAGUUUGGCGCCGAGAUCAGAAAAGCCCUGCAUGACUUGAUACAGCUGCUCGGCCCGGCCCCGAGAGAUCCUUACUGUGCGGGAGAGAGGCGGCCCGAGGUCAAGAAGGACCUGUAGAUACUGUAGCUGCUCAGGAGGGAGAAGGGAAAACGGUGGAAGGGAAGUUUCUUUUCUCAUGCGUUGGGAGAAUUUUAUAGCCAGUGUGAUGAUAAGAGAAAUCUACACAAGGAAACUGACAUAAAGGAGCUGUUGUUUUUACUGAUUUGCAUCUGUAUAAGUGUGUUUAUAUUAGCCGUGUGAUCGGUAUGUGAAGGGAGAGAGGGUGCAUAGAAUAACAAUUCAAACAAAGUGAUUCUAAUACAGUAUGUUCAAUUGGUUUGGUUUAGUUUAAACAGUUUAACCAGUGGGUCUGUUUGUUUAGAAAAAAGCCCUCAAUGUAAAAAGUACUUAUUUACUUAUUUAGUUUGAUUAUUUUAGAAAGGUCACGGCUAAUUGCACCACUCAAAGGUAUUAGAGGAGUUGCCAACGUUACGUAAUCGCAGGGAUGAAUUUCAUAUAAAACCAAGUGCAGUAUAUAUUGCCACAUUCUCUGUGCCACUAAAGAUCUGUUGUGAAAA